UUCAAUACCACCUAUUACAAUAUUAGACUUGAUUGCGCGCACAUCGAUUUUCGCGCGCCAGUUUGUCGUGUGAUAAUAUCGCUAUGGUAUUAUACGUAAUAUUUUUCCCGGGAUGUGUUUAGUGUUGUGAAUUUUUUUUUCUCUGUCACAACUUCUACACACAUAAUAUCAUCUCCCUCCAACCAUCACGACAAGCUGUGUCCUUCGCCCGGGUUUGUGUGCCCCGCGUCACCUACACUGUUUGGAGCCGUUGGAGGGAAAAAUUUUCUGUUCACCUACCCGUUUCCGUAACAGUCGGUGUAACAUACGCAUCGUAAACAUUAUAAUUAUUAUUAUUACUAAAUACGUAAUACAAUAAUAAUAAUAACAGUAAGUUUGUUUAUUUGGUUCUCAUGCUGAUAUCAAGCAGUGAAUUGUUAUACAAAAUAUUAUAUGAUUUUUACAUACUUUAAUAUCACACAUUUUCAUCGUCUAAGACAGGUGGUAUUUUUAUAAUGUCUUGUUCAAAAAUAACUGAGAAAGCAGAUGAAGAACCAGAAGAUGAAGAGGCUGAUGAUACUUUAGUAGUGGUUGUUAAGCCUGAUGGUACAGUUUCAAUAGAUCAAGAAACAUUCAAUAGAGUUUUGGAAAAUAAAAAAGAAACCAUGAAUAUUAUUCACUUUGAAAACAGCAGUAAUAAAGGUAUAACCACCAAUCCAGAAAAUGGAGAGCCAGAAAUCAAUUUGACUGUACAAGGUUUUUAUCCAUCUAUUUCUACCAAAACAUUCUUAUCCCAAGCCAAUGAAACUAGUAAUGUGACAUCUAAUACUAUUUAUUUGGAUCAUUGUUAUUACAAGGAUUGUCCACCAAACACGUCAGAAAUUACCUCUGAUUCUCAGAGUACCGGAAUACAGCAAAUUACAAAUAAAUUGAAAAAAUCAAAUAUUGUAAACAUACAUGAAGAAAUUGAAGAGAUUACUGUUUCAAUGGAUGAGAGUGAAUUAAACUCUUCUUUGUGUGUACUCGUAGAAGAUAUUAAUUCAGGCACACCAUCAACAACUAAGCCCAAUAGUACUGCAGAGAGUAAUUUACCUAACAGCAAAAGAAUGCUCAACUUAAGAGUUGGAAAAAAUGAAAAACUAAGAACUAAAGGUCCUAUAUCUCUAAAAAAUACAAUGACUAAAAAGAAACCUGUUGAAAUACAAAGUAGUCAAUCUGGUGAUAAAGCAAGAGUUCCAAAAACAGUCAAACGUCUGUUACCAAUGAAGACCUAUCAAGUUCGUCCACCAGUUCAAAUCAGAAAUAAUCGACAAAAAAAAUCAGAUGUUAUUGUAGACAACGUUUUCUCGCAAGCUAAUGAAUUAAUUCGUCAAUCAAGUAUUGAACCCAAAAAAUACAUACAAAAUCAGUUGAUGUUCAAAAAAAAUAAAGAUAAAAUUGGAAUUACUGAGAAUUCUCUUGAUUCUUCAUCAACUUCAACCAAACAUGUCACUAAUUUAUUAGAUGUACCUAAAUUAUUUUCUUCUCCAGACAUCAAUCUGGAUGAUAACUUAACAUCUAUUCAAACAGUAAAUGCUGAAUUGGAUCCUAAAAUAACUGUUGUCGAUAAAAUUGAUGAUAUCACCACUAUGGAUAAUGUUGUUUCCAAUGCAAAUGAUUUAGAUCAAGUGAUUUUAAAUAAAGAAGAAACUGGAAGGGUACGAAAAGUCUCAAAUCGAUUGAAAGAUAAUCCAGUUGAAACUACUGUUACUAAAACGGUAGAAGACAUACUAAAUGAUAUUAGUUCCAAAAUAGCCAUUGAAACAGAAAUUAUUGAUGAAGAAAAUUUAAUUGAUGAACUAGCCGAUCUCAAUGAAGACCUUAACUCUUCAAAUUUUGUUGCUCCAUCUAACUCUAGUCAUGAUUUGAUGAACAAACUAUUAUCUGAUGAUAGUCUUAAUCAAAGUGAUGAGAACGAUUCUACAACACUAGGAACUGCUGAUAAAUCUAAAGGUUCUACUGUAGUAGUUUAUGGAAAAUCUGGUAGAACAGUGACACUGCCUCCAAUUGAGAUUCCUAAAACUCGAUCUUUAGUUAAAAAAGAAAAUCUAGAUGCUAGCAUAAAAGAACAAGUUAGACAAAGACGUUCAUCAGAAAAUUCCAGAAGCAUAAAUGAUUAUAGUGAAGAAUCAGAUACUGAUAGAGAAGGAACCAUGACUUCAGAAGAUGACCCAAAUCGACUAUGGUGUGUUUGUAGAAAACCUCAUAAUAACAGAUUUAUGAUAUGUUGUGAUACUUGUGAAGAUUGGUUCCAUGGAAAAUGUGUGGGUAUUACAAAAGCCUUGGGUGAACAAAUGGAAGCUCGUGGUGUUGAAUGGAACUGCCCACCAUGUAAAAAAAAAAGAACUGAAGAUGCGCGUAAAAAAUCUGAAGAAGAUAAAGUCACUAAGAAAUCAGAAGAAGAAAAGAAAAAAAUACCUAGUUCAAAAUCCCCAGUCAAAAAAACUGAAACUAAAGUCGUUAAAAUUGAACCUCAAUCACAACAAAAAUGUGCUCAAUGUAAACAAAUUCUGGGAGAUGUAGCAGUAGGUUUAUUUUGUAAUGAAAAAUGUUUGGAUCAGCAUAUUGAAGAGAGUGUAGCUGCUAUAAAAGCAUGUUGUACAUCAGAUUCACCAGAUAUUAUUUUACUUGACAAAAAAAACAGCAGAUUAAUCACUGGUGAAAAAGCUCCAAAACUUUCACAUUUAAAACAAUGGAUGAAAGAAAAUCCAGCAUUUCAAAUUUUAAAACCGGGGGUGCCUACAAUUAAACUAGAUAAACUAAAUAUUAGACCCCAUAGUAAUUCUAAAUCAAUCCCAAUUACAUUAAAAAAUCCUAAAAAAGAUAACGAAAGUCGCAAUAAAAGACCAGCUACAAGUCCAGAUAAACAUAAGGCAAAAGAAAUUAAAAGAGACUUUGAUGUGUCAGAAUUAUUGCAACCGGAUAAAGUUAAACUCGUAUUUGUUAAAAAAGAAUCACCAAAACCAAUAUUACCUCAAAAAGAACUCAUCAAACAUACUCCUCCUCAAAAAGAACCCCUUAAACAAACUCCUCAAAAAGAACCAAUUAAACAUACUACUCCUCAAAAAGAAUCUAUUAAAAAUACUCCUCAAAAAGAACCUAUUAAAAGUACUCCACAAAAAGAACCUAUUAAAAAUACUCUUCAAAAAGAACCAAUUAAACACAAUAUUCUUCAAAAAGAACCUAUUAAACAUACUAUUCCUCAAAAGGAAGCAUCAAAAUGUAUACAACCAGUAACACAGAUAAAAUCAACAUCCCUUUCAAAAACAAAUAAUGUACAAAAAGUUGUGAAAAAAAAACCAGACCUGGUUAAAAAAAUUGAAGCUAUAAAAGAAAAAAAGGGUGAAGAACAAUUGCGUACUAAUGUUCGUAAAUCUUUAUUAGAAUCACUAAGUAGUAGAAUAUCUGAAGAACCAGAAUUAAAAACAACUGAACAAAACUUGGAGGAAUUAAUCUCAAAAAUUGAAGAAGAACUUUAUAAUCAAUUUAAUAAGGUUGAUCAGAAAUAUAAAACAAAAUACAGAAGCUUAUUAUUCAAUAUAAAAGAUCCAAAAAAUUUAAAUUUCUUUAAGAAAAUUAUUUUUAAGUGGGUUACACCAUAUCAGUUGGUGCGUAUGACUGCUGAUGAAAUGGCAUCCCAGGAACUUGCUGAAUGGAGAGAAAGAGAAAACAAACAUCAAAUAGAAAUGAUACGAAAAACUGAGUUGGAUAUGAUGAAUCAACCAAAAGCUUUAUUAAUGAAGACUCAUAAAGGAGAAGAAAUCAUUGAGUCUAAGGAUAAUAAGGAGACAAUAGUAUCAGAACUUAAUCCUGAUAUUAAGGUCGAAGAAAAGAAACCACAGAUUUUAUUAAAGUUAACCAAAGAAAAGAAAAAAAGCAAAUAUAAAGAAAGUAGUAGUGUUGAACGUGAACGUAGACAUCAUAAGUCUAGUAGAAAUCGUCAUAAAUCUCAUAAGGAUAAAAAACGUAGAAGUCGUGACCACAGCAAAAGCAGAGACAUGAAGAAUAAAAAAGUUGAAAAAAAUAAAGUAAUUAAAUCUGCAGUAGAAGAACAAGUUCCUAAUAAUGUUGAAGUGCGUAAAGAUGAAGAUAUUAGUGAUAGGGAACCAAGUUCAACUGUUGUAAUAGCAACUCCACCUCGGGUGGAAGAAGAAGUUGGCCCUAUAUGGAAAGGUACCAUCAAUUUCACCGAUGUUGCACGUUGUGAUGUAAUAAUGUCUAGGUUAUCUGGUAAUGUAGUUGGAUUGGAAGCAGAACUUACUUUGACAGUUCUGGAAUGUGUUGGUCGCAUUAAACAACAAACCGUUUGGGAUUAUAUGGGUAAAUUGAAAAAAACCGGAACUAAAGAUAUUAUUGUAACUAAGUUAAAAUCAAGUGGAAUGGAACAACAAAUGUGCUACCUAAGUUUGUAUCAAUACUUAAGUGCUAAAAACCGCAUAGCAGUUAUUGACAGUAAACCAUUUCCAAACAUUAAAGAUUUUUAUCUAUUUCCUCUUGGCUGUACUAGUCCUGUCCCUCAGGUACUAUUGCCAUUAGAUGGACCUGGCCUUGAUGAGUAUAGAACACAUUUGUUGUUGGGAAUAAUUGUACGAAAUUCUAAAAAACCUUGGAUUCCAUCUUGGAAAUCAUCUGAAAAUAAUUAUAAGCCUGAUAUCAAUGACACUUCGUCUUUACCUCAUCUUAAACCUGCUUUCCCAACAUCUAGUCAAGACAGUUAUUCACCAAAAGAAAGUUAUACUCCACCAAGAUCUCCAACCAACAAAAUUCUCAGCUUACCAACACCGGUCUUACCAAUAUCUUCAGUUUUGACUGAUGAUGAUUUACCUUAUAUACCUGGAGAAGAAGAACCUUACUCUCCUGUUGAUGAAGAUGUACCUAGUUUAUCCGAUGAUAUAAAUACAACUUCAAGUAUUCAACAACAAAUGGAAGAAUUAACCAGGAAAAUAGAAAAUGAAAAAAGAGUUAUUCAAAUGAUGACUGCUAGUUCUCAAAAUUCAGUUCUCGUUGAUGACAAUUCACUGGAUCCAGAUGAAGAAGUCUAUAGUCCUACAAGUGAGCUGGCCCCAUUAACAACUGAAAUUCAAUUGCCUAGUAAUAUUAAAGAUAUACUUUCUGCUAUUAACACAAAAGAAUUACUUUCAAAUGAGGCAGAAAGCUCUAAAACUACUACAGAUGUUGAAAAGAAGUGCAGGGACCCUCGACAGCGAAUUUCAACAGCUGAACCUCCACCACCUGGCUUAGAAGAUGAGUUUACACCUCCUUGUAAUCCUGACAUAAGUUUACCUCCUCCCAAUUUUUCAACUACAUCAUACAUGCCACCUAUUAAUUAUAUUGCACCUAUUCCUUAUCCUUUUCCUCCACCUGGGUAUAUACCUGAUGCUUACCCAAAUCAAUAUGGACCUCAGCAACCACCUCCACCUCCUCCACCUAUGGUCUUAGACCAAGGAAAAUACAACAAUUAUAAUCAACCUGGUUAUGCAUAUAAUACAGUGCAAUACCAACCACCCCUUCCACCGCCUUAUCCAAAAACUAAAAAAGGAUCAGGAUUUUGGGGCCAUGGUAGUUCUAAAAAUGAACCAAAAAAGAAAAAGUUUAAAAAAUCAGGUGAUCGGAGAGAUAAAGGUUCUUGGAGACGUAUGUAGUUGUUUCCUAAAUAAUUUUUAUGUUCUUGGGUCGUAUUUUUAUUAAAUGUAUGUUUUAUAUGUACAAUUUAUUUUAUUUAUCUUGAUAUUGUUAAGAUUUUUUUUUUAAAUAUAUUUUACACAAUUUCUUAUAUUAUCUAAUAUAAACCUUACAUGUAUUUAUGUUAUUCAUAAAAAUUUGUUAUAAAUUUUAUUGUAUUUAUUUAUAGUUAAAAUAUUAUAAAAAUUAAUAAACAUAAAUGUACAAAAUUUAAUGUGAAUUUGUUGUGCAGGCACGUUAAAAAUGGAACAUAAUGUUACAUAAUUUUAUACAAAUAAAAUGUACAACUUUUAUAUAAUAAAAUAACACCGACACUUAAUUAUGUUUUUGAAACACAGUUACUAUAAUUAUCGAUGUUAAUUUUUCUCAAUAAAUUUAAAUAAUGUGGA